GCUGCCUCCAGUCCUCCCGCCUCUGUCUCGGGGCCCGGGGGCCACAGCGGACAUGGCCUCGGCCACGGUGACAGCAGCACGACGCGGGCUCGGCCGGGCUCCCCGUCUCAUGCUCUGGCGCGGCUACCAGACCGAGCGCGGCGUCUACGGCUACCGGCCAAGGAAGCCCGAGGGCCGGGAGCCCCGGGGCAGCCUGGCGCGCCCCCCAGUUGAUCAUGGCCUUGCCAGACUGGUGACAGCAUAUUGUGAGCACGGUCACAAAGCGGCCAAAAUCAACCCGCUCUUCACCGGACAAGCCCUGCUGGAGAAUGUACCCGAAAUCCAAGCCUUGGUGCAGACCCUGCAGGGACCCUUCAGCACCGCAGGAUUAUUGAACAUGGGGAAGGAAGAGGCCUCCCUUGAGGAAGUAUUAGCCUAUCUCAACGACACCUACUGUGGGCAGAUCUCUAUUGAAACCUCCCAACUUCAGAGCCAGGAGGAGAAAGACUGGUUUGCCAAGCGGUUUGAGGAACUGAAAAAGGAGACAUUUACCACAGAGGAACGAAAAUAUCUGUCAAAACUAAUGCUAGAGUCUCAGCUGAUGUUCCGUAAAAUGCGAGGCUUAAGUGAAUUUCCGGAGAAUUUCUCGGCCACUGGAGAUGUCCUGUCUCACCUGACCGCCUCCGUGGACCUGGACUUCGGCGCGCACCAUCCGCUCCACGUGACGAUGCUGCCUAAUCCCUCGCACCUGGAAGCUGUGAACCCCGUGGCCGUGGGGAAGACCCGUGGCAGGCAGCAGUCUCGGCAAGACGGGGACUACUCUCCCGACAGCUCAGCACGGCCUGGAGACAAAGUCAUUUGCUUACAGGUUCAUGGUGAUGCUUCUUUCUGCGGUCAAGGGAUUGUUCCAGAAACAUUCACGCUGUCUAAUCUCCCACAUUUCAGAAUUGGUGGGAGUGUCCACUUGAUCGUCAAUAACCAGCUGGGUUACACCACCCCAGCAGAAAGAGGAAGGUCUUCUUUGUACUGCAGUGAUAUUGGGAAGCUUGUGGGCUGUGCCAUCAUCCACGUCAAUGGAGACAGCCCAGAGGAAGUGGUCCGCGCAACACGACUGGCUUUUGAAUACCAGCGUCGAUUCCGCAGGGAUGUGAUUGUUGAUUUGUUCUGCUACAGGCAGUGGGGCCACAAUGAGCUGGACGAGCCUUUCUUCACCAACCCAGUCAUGUACAAAAUCAUCAGAGCCCGAAAAAGCAUCCCAGACACAUACGCAGAGCACCUUAUUGCCAGUGGACUCAUGGCCCAGGAGGAGGUGUCUGAAAUAAAAUCCUCCUACUAUGCCAAGUUAAAUAACCACUUAAAUAACAUGGCCCACUAUAGCCCCCCUGCCACCAACCUGCAGGCCCACUGGCGGGGCCUGGUUCAGCCGGAAGCGACAAUCACCACCUGGAACACAGGUGUGCCCCUCGACCUCCUGCGGUUCAUUGGUGCAAAGUCCGUGGAGGUGCCAGAGGAGCUCCAGGUGCACAGUCACCUCUUAAAGAUGCAUGUUCAGUCUAGGAUGGAGAAAAUGACAGAGGGGACAAAGUUGGACUGGGCCACAGCUGAAGCUCUUGCCUUGGGCUCCUUACUUGCUCAAGGUUUUAAUGUCCGUCUGAGUGGCCAAGACGUUGGCCGUGGAACUUUCAGCCAAAGGCAUGCAAUGGUGGUUUGCCAGGAGACUGACGACACCUACCUCCCUCUGAACCACAUGGACCCUGAUCAGAAGGGGUUUCUAGAGGUCAGCAACAGCCCCCUGUCGGAAGAGGCCGUGCUGGGAUUUGAAUACGGAAUGAGCAUUGAAAGCCCAAAGUUGCUGCCCCUCUGGGAGGCUCAGUUUGGUGAUUUCUUCAAUGGCGCCCAGAUCAUCUUUGACACGUUCAUCUCUGGAGGAGAGGCCAAGUGGCUCCUACAGAGUGGCAUCGUCAUUCUCCUCCCACACGGCUACGACGGGGCGGGACCGGACCACUCAUCUUGUCGCAUAGAGCGUUUCUUGCAGAUGUGCGACAGCAGAGAGGAGGGGGUGGACGGAGACACCGUGAACAUGUUCGUGGCUCACCCCACCACUCCCGCGCAGUAUUUCCACUUGCUCAGAAGACAGAUGGUCCGGAGCUUCAGGAAACCCCUCAUUGUCGCUUCUCCCAAGAUGUUACUCAGGCUCCCUGCGGCUGUGUCAGCUCUUCAGGAAAUGGCACCAGGAACAACGUUCAAGCCGGUCAUCGGUGAUUCAUCCGUGGAUCCAAAAAACGUUAAGACCCUUGUAUUCUGCUCUGGCAAACACUUCUACGCUCUGGCAAAGCAGAGGGAAUCCCUGGGGGCCAAGAAGCACGACUUUGCCAUCAUCCGAAUAGAGGAACUCUGCCCUUUCCCACUGGAUUCUUUACAGCAAGAGAUGAGCAAGUACAAACACGUUAAAGAUCUUAUCUGGAGUCAGGAGGAACCUCAGAACAUGGGUCCAUGGUCUUUUGUUUCUCCAAGGUUUGAAAAGCAACUGGCCUGUAAGCUCCGCCUCGUGAGCCGUCCCCCGUUGCCGGUACCCGCAGUGGGAAUUGGCACAGUUCACCUGCAGCAGCAUGAAGAUGUCCUCACCAAGACCUUUGUUUGAUGACAACUCUUGGAGAAAUACUACUUCCUUUUAGGAAAACUAUCAUAAAACGAAAGGCCCGUUUCUUCUAUUCUUUUCCUUUCCAUUGCAUAACAUGAAAAGACUGUCUUCCUCUAAGACAUUGGGAUGGAUGCGAACAAUUUAAUCUAGAUUAGUUCAAAUAAUCAGGAGAAUAGGUUAUAAAUACAAAAAUGCAACCAGGAAAUUUAUCCUUGAAAUUUCAGUAGUGUUAUGGUUCGAUUAGAUCUGAGCGAGACGGAGAACUAGGUCAUUAUCUAGAUGAUUUCAGACUCUAAGGAACCAUACAUGACUAGGAAAAGUUCUUUAGCCUGAAUUUACAGCUACAUGGAGAUGACCUCAAGGCUGCCUCUUGAUUGGUUUGGUGCAUGUCACUUUCAUUAAUUUUUCCCCUCUUUCAAAGUCCUGAGAUUAAUGAUAUUGUAUUCCAUGUCAUCUCUGGUGCUGCUUUCCAGCCACUGUACAAAAUGUUUCACCAAACACUAGGAAAACUAGAUUAUGAUCAUUCCUGGUUUGUGUUGUUCAAGAUAAUAGUUUUACCCUGAAAUCUAGGUGCUAUUAAAUACAAAUCUCUGGGUGUCUGAUCUUCUAGCACUGUAUUUAGCUAUAAUGAAAUUAAUUUGUGAUCUAUUUUGCCAUAAUCUCUCUCUCUCUCUUUUCCAAAUGGUUCUUGCAGUGGUAUCUUAAUGGUGUUUAACCAAUUUGGGUGUCUGACAUGGGGAUUUCAGCCUUUGGUUAAUCAGUCUUGCCUCUACCAAUUACUCUACCAGUCCCUGCUACAGUAUGAUGUUUGUUUAUGGUACUUAAAGAGCACCUUAACAGAGGGUCCUUCCCAAUGCCAGGUGCUUAGGGAUUUCUUAGAGGUCACCCACCAACUUCCUCAGUCUGAAAUUAAACCUAGUACUGGAAACAUCGCUAAACAGCUAACUAUGCAGCCCCGCUUUACUCAGUGCUGCGGAACGGAGCCUCUACCAUCUACCAUUCUCGUGCCAUUACACCACUUUUCCCAGAAGUGCCGGGGGAGUGAACUGGAACAAGCCCAGGCCCUCUCCAGUUUUUCCAGCAACUGAUCGAGUCCUUCAGAAUCCCUGUUAAUACGGGUUGUUCUGGUCACAGCAGAUUUACGACUCACAUCUUCAAUGUACGCUUUAGUGUCCUGAUUUAACAUUUCUGUAGCACUCACAUCCCUUUUCUUCCUAUGUACCUCAACACGUCCUUCCUCUGUGUCAAACCUUAUAAAUCAUGUAAUUUAGCGCCACUCACGUAAAUCAGGAUGAUUACAAAGGUCUAUUUAAUGAGAAAAGUUACCAACGUUGUAUAUUUAACUAGAAAAAAAUAAAAGCACAAUGUUAU